AUGGAGACAGAACAUUACUCUAUCAUGUGUUACGAUGGCGUUGAACGAACUUUUAAGUGUCAGUCCACUCAGACACUUGAAGAGGAUAUGGAUAUACAUUUUGAAGUUGACUCAGAUAUAGAUGCUGUUACUAGUGAAGGAACUGAAGAUAUAGAUAUUAUGGGUGACGAAUACACAGAAAGCCGAGAAGAGAACGAAAGUCCUGAUUUUGAUAAUAUGAGGAAAUCUGUGUCAUUUCGAGAAACUCCAGUCGAACUCAUUGCUCCGGCUAAAUAUGUGGACGAUGAAUAUGGAGUGGAAAGUGCAUCAGAUUCGGCUUCUGAUAAGGAAGAAUAUCCUACUAGAGAAGAAUAUACAAAUCAUGAAUGGAUAAAUAAACCAAUAUCUAAUUGGAUUAAUUAUGCUUAUGUUAAUAUUCCGAAUAGUUUGGAUAAAGUUGAUAAUUUUAAAAGUGUAAAAAAUGAACAAAAUGUAAACAAUAAUUUUAAUUUUCCCUAUAUAUUACAAGUUGUAAAAGACAUAUGUUGUAGAAAUAAUCAAGAACAGUUAAAAUUAUCUUCAUUGGCUCAGACAUACGCUAAACGAAUCGCGAUAGCAGAUGGUAGUAAAAAUUGUAAAUUUUGUGGUCGAAUUCUACCGUCUACAUUGACAAAACCAUUUCAUUUAUCAAAUGAAGGAUAUUGUUGUGAUCGAUAUCAUCGUCUUUUUCGAUUGGCUGUUAGUUAUUCUGAAAUGUUAUAUAAACGUUUUCGUCAGCAACGACGUGAUCAUGGUAGACAGAAAUUAAAUAAUCUGACAGAAGAUGCAUCAGAGAAUCAAGUCAGUGAAUCUGGCACAAAAAUUGCAGGAUCAGAAACAGAGUUAUUAAAUUCAAUCAGGUCAUUAGCUGAUACUACUGGAAAUACAAAUAACGACGAUAAUGAAGAGACCGAAUGUACAACUGAUAGAAUUGUUUAUCAAUUAUCAAAUCGUAAGUACAUUGAACAAGGAUGGACUGCUGUGAAUCAUGUACAGCAUAUUGACAAUGAUAGCAAUAAUGACGACUUAUUAUUAGUUAAUGAAGGCAAAUCAAUGCAUAUCAAUUCAGGUGAAGUAAAAAAUGAGUCGAUUGAAAUACAACUUGAUUUUAUACAACAUACAUAUUCCAAUGGUGAAGUAUUUUUAAGAAAAUAUAACGACAAUACAGGAGUCAUAUUUUAUCCAACUGGUAAUCCAGCAAUCUUGUUUCUACCUAAUAAUGAACCAGUUGGUUUACUAUUCAUCGUACAUGAUCUAUUACAUCUGAAUAUGACAAAAGUUAGAAAAGAAGAUGCCAAAAUAAAUCAUAAACAAAAGUCUACUUCUUUUAAAGUGUUAAAUAAUAAUACUAGUAAAAUGAAGAAAUUGAUCAAUGUCGAUGUACAAUCAACUGUUGGCCAAUUAAUCGGUGUGUUCGAUAGCAAUAUUCAUGGGGUAGUUUAUGACAAGGAAAACAAUAUACGAUUACAGUAUAAUCAUAAUGAAGGUGUCUAUUUCAAGCAAUCAUUGGAUAGACGCACAAGAAUAUGGAAAUGGUCUGGAGAAAAACAUGUGCAUGCACCACCUUUUCAACCACUGUCAAUAAAAUUAAAUGAUAUUAUAACAUUGAAAAUUUAUCGACUUAAUAAAAUCCAUUUACAUUUCCAAACAAUGAAAAUUAUUUGCAAAUUAGAUCUCACAAGUAAACAGUUGAAACUACAAUGGAUAAACACAGAACAGUAUAAGGAACCAAAAUGA